AUGCAGGGCCCUGGAUUUAUCACGGCCACUGCGGCUAUCGCCAGAGAGUGUGCUGGUCGCCGUGGUCGCGGUCGCCACUCGCGUCACCCUCGCCCUCAGAACCCCAGCGAUGCCCCUGAUGUUUAUGAAGCCAUCUUGCUCGCUCCUGGCGAAAGCAAGAUUGAUGUUGAGGUCGACACCCGCCUCCCUUCUGCUGCCAUAUUCACCUUCCGCAAGGAAGACCACACCCUUGGCAACAUGCUGCGUCACCGUCUCCUCAAGACUGCCCAUGUGAUCUUUGCUGCCUACCGCGUCCCUCACCCGCUCACCCCCGAGUUCCAGCUGCGUAUCCAGACUGAUGGUGAGGUCACUCCUCGUCAGGCUGUCAUUAACGCCUCCGAGGCUCUGAUCAAGGACCUGGGCAUCCUGUCUCGAGAGUUCACCAAGGAGUUCGAGCUUCGCAAGGCUGCCAACGCCGCCAAUCAGCAACAGCAGCAAAGCACCGCUGAGUAA